AUGGCUUACAAGAGUGUUGCUCUCGUCGGUGCCAGUGGCAACUUAGGAAAGAUUACUGUCCCUGCCUUUGUCGAUUCCGACCUUGAAGUCACCGCCAUCGUCCGAUCCACCUCUACAGCCACCUUCCCCGAAAGCAUCAAAGUGGUCAAGACCGAGUACAACCUCACCGACCUGACCGAGGCUCUGAAGGGCAAAGAUGCAGUCAUCAGCAUGAUUCCCAUCGUCUCUCUCGAUCAGCAGGCUGUGGUCAUCGAUGCCGCCAUCGCUGCUGGCGUUAAGCGGUUUAUUCCUAGCGAGUAUGGAUCAGAUACCACCAGCGAGAAGGUCUUGGCCGCCGUGCCCUUCUUCAAGGCCAAGAAGGAUUAUUUGGACCUCCUCAAGACCAAGGAGGAUGUCAUCAGCUGGACUGCCCUCUUCACUGGACCCUUCUUUGACUGGGGCCUCCCAUUGGGCUUCUGGGGCUUCGAUCUGGCUAACCGAAAGGCUCUCUUGGUCGACGAAGGCAAGGCUACAUUCACCACCAGUAACGGACUCCAGAUCGGUCGUGCCCUUGUCGGCAUUCUCAAGCACCCUAAGGAGACUUCCAACACCAUCGUUGCCGUCGAGUCAUUUACUACCACCCAGCUUGAGGCCCUCGAAAUCCUAGAGAAGGUCACCGGCACCAAGUUCGAGCGCACGUACCAGACCUCCGAGGAGCUCCGAGGGGAGGCCUUCAAGCUGUUGAGCGAGGGCGACCUUAAUGGUGGAGGCGCCAAGCUAAUCAGUGCCCUUGUUUUCGGCAAGGAGAACUUGGAGGACCACAAGCAUCUGGACCUUGACAAGUGGAACAAGCUACUCGGCCUUUCUACUGAAUCGGUUGAGGAGACUAUUAAGCGUGUCGUCAAGGGUUAG